AUGGCAGAUACCAUGCAGGCAGUUGUCUUCCAUGGCAAGGGCGAUAUAAGAAUCGAGGAAGUCAAUGUCCCAAAGCCUGGUCCCAAAGAAGUUCAGCUGAAACCGGCAUUUGUUGGAAUUUGCGGAACAGAUCUUCACGAAUAUCUUGAGGGAGCCUACCUGAUUCCCACAACAUCUCAUCCUGUGACUGGCAAAAGUGCCCCGGUCAUCAUUGGCCAUGAGUAUAGCGGUGUUAUUUCAGACGUCGGUGACGAGGUUGAUGACCUAAAGCCAGGCGACAGGGUAGUCGUCCAGCCAAUCAUCUUUGACGGAACUUGCAAUUCAUGCCAGAGAGGUCUGGUCAAUUGUUGCACCAAUUCUGGAUUCAUCGGGCUGAGUGGUAUGGUAUUUCGCAAGAAGAUACACGAGGAUACGACGGCUCACAUCAUCACAGGGAUUGGCGGUGGACUUGCCACGUACACAACUGUUCCACGGUAUUCGGUCUUUAAGAUUCCUGAUAACAUACCCCUUCAGGUUGCCGCCCUGGUCGAACCUUUGGCGGUUGCCUGGAACGCCGUGCAGCAAAGCGACUUUAAACCUGGUGACACGGCCCUCAUCCUCGGCGCCGGCCCAAUUGGCCUAGCUAUUCUUCAAGUUCUCAAGAGCAAAGGCGCCAGCCAGAUCAUUGUCACUGAGACGGCAGACAAACGACGAGAAUUUGCGACCAAGUUCGGGGCCACCACAGUCUUAGAUCCUACACAGACAAAUGUGGGCGAAGAGUGCAAGAAGCUUUGCGCAGCAGAAGGCGUCCAAGUGGUCUUUGACUGCGCAGGCAUGCAGAGCACACUAGAAACUGCGCUUGCUGCGUCCAGACCCCGAGCCGUUAUUGUGAAUGUUGCCAUCUGGGCAAGCGAGGUGACCAUAUCGCCUAACUAUUUUAUGCUGAAUGAGAGGACUUUUAAAGGCUCGGCAACAUAUACUUCAUCAGUAUUCCAGGAGGUUAUCGAUGCUCUUGCGCGAGGUGAUCUGAAACCUGAGCCAAUGAUUACUAGUUUGAUUAACAUGGAGGAAAUUGAGGAAAAGGGGUUUAAGACGCUGAUUAACUAUAAGGACACUCAGGUCAAGAUAUUGGUUCGCGUCUAG